AUGGCGAUAUCGGAGUCCGUCGGCAGGAAGAUCGCUCUGAGCUACUUCUACGUGCUCGUGUGGAUCGUUUUAAGCUUCUCCGUUAUUGUGUUCAACAAGUACAUUCUCGACAGGAAGCUGUACAACUGGCCUUACCCUAUCAGGACCUCCUUCUUUCCAAUCCAGAUGCUUCAACCCCCCCUACCCACCUCCCCGUUCUCCGUGCAACUGUUUUGUUUCAAAUUUCUUCUGUCUUCUUCCCCACUGCUCAUCCCGUUUCCCCUAGUCCCGCCCCCGCCUGCUUUUUCGACUGCCCUCUUGCUGUUCCCACUUUCCCCCUUCUGCUCUCGCUUUCCCCCUGCUAUUCCCGCUUCCCCCUGCUCCUCCCGCUUUCCUCCUGCUAUUCCCGCUUUCCCCCUGCUGCUCCCGCUUUCCCCCGGCUGCUCCCACUUUCCCCCUGCUAUUCCCGCUCCCCCCUGCUCCUCCCGCUUUCCCCCUGCUGUUCCCUCUUCCCCCCUGCUGCUCCUGCUUUCCCCCUGCUGUUCCCGCCUCCUCCUGCUCCUCCCUCUUCCCCCUGCUCCUCCCGCUCCCCAAUGCUGCUCCUGCUUCCCCCGAUUGUUCCCACUUCCCCUUGCUGCUCCCGCUUCCCCACGCUGCCCUCCUUCCCUUCCCUUUCCGCACCCUUCCCACCCACCAGUCUCGCCAUGUCCACAUGGCCUCACUCACAUCCGUGCUGCCCAUUCCCUCUCUCACAUCCCCCCACUCCUCCCCUCCCCCCCUUCCCCCCAGCAGUCUCACAAUGAUCCACAUGGCCUUCUGCUCGCUGCUCGCCUUCCUUCUGGUGAAGGUCUUCCGAGUGGUCAAUCAAACCCAUAUCCCUCUCCACAGAGAUGUACCCUCACCUCCCUGCUCUUCAUGCCCUUUCUCCUCUCCCCCCCUUUCCCCCCACCCACCAGUCUCACCAUGAUCCACAUGGCCUUCUGCUCGGCUCUCGCCUUCCUCCUCGUCAAGGUCUUCCGAGUGGUCGAACCCGUCGCCCUCUCUACAGAGAUGUACCUCACAUCUGUGUUGCCCAUCGGCGCGCUCUACUCGCUCAGCCUCUGGUUCUCCAACUCGGCCUACAUCUACCUUUCUGUCUCGUUUAUUCAGGUGGGUAGUGGGUAG